AUGUGUGCCUUCCAGACCCUUCUUGUGAUACAGACAGCGGGGCCUGGUCACGACAACGCAGGAGACAAAGGCGAUGAUGACAUCUUGCAAAGCCAGCCCGACCUGUCGGCGGCAGCUGGCCACGUCUUCGAGUCCUACCCCAUCACUAUGGAGUGCAGUGUGCGUGGGGAUAACGUUGUUGUGGACUGCCACUUCGACGCUGCCAGCAUCAGCCAGCCCAUGAUGGAGACCGUCAUUGCACACUUCCGUCAAGCCCUGACUCUACUCAUCCCGAUGGGAGUGGAAAACACAAAGACCAUUGCCAGUAUGGACCUCUGCUCCGCUGAAGACAAGGAGGCGAUUCACAGCUGGAACAGCACCGACCCGGCCCCGCAGCAGGUCGACGAGUGCCUCCACGACAUGGUCAGACGUCACGUCGUGGAGCGUCCAGAAGCCGAAGCCAUCUGCGGGUGGGACCACUCGCUCACAUAUGCCCAGCUGGGCAAGGCGGUCCGCCGCCUGGCCAUUCAUCUGGGGAAUGACGCGGGCGUUCAAGUCGGUGACCUCGUUCCUAUCUGCAUGGAAAAGUCGACUUGGGCAUUGGUCGCCAUGCUGGCAGUCAUGGAGGCCGGAGCUGCCUUUGUCCCGCUGGACCCGAGCCAUCCUAUCGAUCGUCGGUGCCAGAUAAUUGACGACAUCUCAGCCAAGGUCCUCAUGGUCGAUCCCAUCACGGUAGACGCGUUUGAAGCUCGGCUGGCUUGA